AUGGCCUUUUCUCAGUCAUACGUGCUUGCCCUAGUGGCCUAUGAAUAUGUCUGGACUGUCGACGACAUUUCAAAACAAACGUCAACAUACACCACAACCUACUCUACUUGGCCUGGAUCGCACACGGCAUAUGUCCUUGUGGUCAACACUGCUAUACCCUCGCCAUCGCAGAUCGAGACUGUCGGUAUACCAUACACGGCUGUUCCUGGAGAAACUUCGACGCAAUACGUGUUAGCGACAGUGGCUACUCACAGUCCCAUGACGCUUGUCUCGAAGACCAUUCCUGCUCUCAUGACACCGACCACAGGUUCAUCUGUUCGGACAUCGCCCGAGGCACCAAGUCAGGAAGAAGGUGCAACCUCAUCGCACAAGCCUUAUUUCAGACAUGUCCAGAUCGUUCUUAUAUGCCUGUUCUGUGGUGGCUAUCUCUGGUCCCGCUGCCUGAGACAUCUUCACAGCCGCAGGCUUCAAGAGCGGCGAAGCGCAGUCCUGAAUUACGAAGCAUCGGCGAUCAAGGAAGCGGCCUGA